AUGGAUAACAUGGAAUCGAUGUUAGGAUGCCGUCUCAAUUUUAUCCCUCUGCGAAUCACCUUCCCUAAAUCCCGUGCUGUGUGGACGGUCCGGGAUCUUAUGAACCACGUACAAAAUCAAUACAUUCGCGCCCUACCGCAUGAACAUGUUGAGCUUCGCGAGAUCUUUGAGCACAGCACAGAUUGGCCUGCUGAGGCGCCGUUGAAUUUUAUUGUGCAGCAUCAGAAUAUCGAGUUCAGUUACAAGCUCCCAUUACGCAAAUCCGUCGGCGUUAGAAACGGGGGUGAGAGUGAUGAUGAUCUUCUUGAUGUCGAGUUUUCCAGAUUUGCUCGCUUUAAAUCAUUGAAUGAGGUCUGGGUAUUCACUGGGCCACAUCCGGAUAGACUGGAGGUCCAAAUCUGUGGUAACUCUCGAGUUCUACCACAAUACAAGGCUACAGACAUGUCGGACAAGCUUUGCAGGAUUAUUGAGGCGAUUGCUGCGAGCCCAGAGAUGAAGUUGGAGGAUAUCAUAUUGUAG